UGGUAAAACUGACGCGUAUAUAUAUCCAGGUGUUUUUUUCAUCAACGUGUGAUUUGUAAUUGUCAAAUUCCGUCGAAUGACAGAAUGCACGCAAACAUGAGCGUUGUGCAAUUACACAUACAGUAAACUCAGCUGACAGUCUAGGCAAUGCUGACAAAUGUACAAGUUUGUUACGUCACGCAACGUUAUGUUCCUUGAGUCAUUACAACGCACGUACCAACUUUAUAUUCUUUCGUUUACAUAAAAGUGUGUCGAACAAGCAUAGUUCCAUUUUACUUUUAAAUAUAAUGUGUGGACUUGUAAACGAAAAAAUGAGUUCAAUGAAUGUUCUAGAAGAUUUGUCGGAUGUUUGCAUUGAAACGCGCCAGCGUCUAAAAACUUUGACCGAGCAGAAGGACAGAGAAACAUUAAUUGUAAACCACAUUAAGCGGUUCGACACCACCGAGUCACAAAUUGGAGAUUUUCCAAAAGGUUUGGAGUGGUUCAACGUAUCGGAAGGAUUGUCACUGGCACAACAUUUAAAGGGGAAAAUUGUGCUUUUGGAUUUUUUUACUUACUGCUGCAUUAAUUGCAUGCAUGUUUUAGCUGACUUAGAAGACAUUGAAAAGAAAAUUUCCAUAGAGGAUGGUCUUGUUGUAGUUGGGGUUCACAGUGCAAAAUUUACAAAUGAACGUAGUUCACCUAAUGUCUUGUCUGCUGUACAAAGAUAUAACAUCACACAUCCUGUGGUAAAUGAUGUAACAUUGAGGAUGUGGGAGUGUUUGGGAAUUAGAUGUUGGCCUAGUCUUGUUAUGUUAGGACCCGAGAGCCAACCAUUGGCUAUUUUUGAAGGUGAAGGUCACAGAAGUGAAAUACUUUUGUACGCAAAAGUAAUGAUAUCGUACUUUAAAUCUUUAAAACGAAUAUCAAGCCACAAGCUUCCAUUAAAACCAGCACAUCAUCUUUUACCGUCGUCAAAAGAUAGUCUGUUAUUUCCCGGUAAAGUAGCAAUUCUUUCAUCCGAUCAAGGAACAAAGCUCGUCAUAUCGGACAGUGGCAACAAUAGAAUUGUGAUCGCAAACGAACGUGGGGAAGUGGAACACUUAAUAGGCGGAUGCAAUCAGGGUUUUAAAGAUGGCAAUUUCAAAAAAGCGAAAUUUUCUUCUCCCCAAGGAGUUUGUGUACUCAAGAACGUAAUUUAUGUUGCGGAUAAUAACAAUCAUGCAAUUAGGAAAAUAGAUCUAACUGAGAAAGUUGUAUCUACCAUAGCCGGCACCGGUUUUCAAGGUCACGAUUACUGUGGCGGAAAAUGCGGUACCGAUCAGGCUUUGUCAUCUCCUUGGGAUGUUGCGAUCUAUCAUCACGAGUGCAAAGGUACUAUUGUACCAGUUUUGUUAAUUGCGAUAGCAGGCACUCAUCAGAUUUGGGCAUUAUUUUUGGAAGAUACUUUUUGGUGGAAGGAAAAGAAAUACACGGCUGGCACGUGUGCCGCUAUUGUUGGAACUGGUCGGGAGGAAAAUCGUAACAACAGUUAUCCUCACGCUGCUGGAUUGGCACAACCUUCUGGUAUCGUGGUAGUUCAAGAAUAUAAAAUUGCGUUUUUCGCGGAUAGCGAAAGUAGUUCCGUCAGACGUGUGCACUUAGAUAACGGACGAGUAUCUGCUGUUUGCGGAGGAAAUAAAAAUCCAAUGAAUCUACAUACUUUCGGAGAUAUAGAUGGAAAGGAUUAUUCGGCCAAACUUCAACAUCCGUUGGAUGUAGCGUGGAAUCAUGUGGACAAGCAACUUUACGUCGCUGAUACUUACAAUCACAAAAUUAAAAUCGUGGACAGUAAGACAGGAUAUUGUGAAACGUUAUUUGGGGGUGGGAAACCUGAUCGUACAUUUUCUUUCAAUGAACCGAGUGGCCUUGCUGUUAGCGCAGAUGGGAACAUUCUUUAUGUAGCGGAUACCAAUAAUCAUGCGCUUAAAAGUAUUGAUUUGAAAAACAAAACUAUUUCAACCAUGACUUUAGUAUCGAAAUGCGAUUCUAAUAAAACCAACGAUAGCAAAUCGAAAUUUAUCUUCGAUACGGCAAUUAAUACAAGUGGUGGGGAAUUAAGUAUCUCGUUUAAUAUCGUGUUCAAAAAUAAUCUAAAAUUAAACGUGGAUGCGCCGCAACAAUGGGACGUGACGUUACCUGUGAACACAUGGACAGCGAAAUCUCUGUCUGGCAGACUUUCGACUCCUGUGACGGUCAAGCUUCCCGCUGAUGAAGCGUUUCAUCAAUUGCACAUCGCAUUAAAUAUGAUAGUCUGCACGCAAGACUCGUGCAUGCCAUUGAAAUUGUCUGUGGUAUUUAACGUGCAUCGAAAAACCGAUGCACCGACAAUUGUAACUGAACAAAAAGAUCUUGUUGUCAACUAAAAAUUUUUAUUUUAAUACACACACGAAUUGAAUUUAUACAAGUUUAUUAGAAAUAACAGCCGUUAUAUAUCUCAUAUUGUUAUCAUUGUAAUGAUUAUCUGAAAGCUAUACAUGACAUUUUAAAAUUAUAUAUGUGGGUGAUUCUCUGUGAACGCGUAAGUUUCAACUUUCAUUUUUGAUAAAAAAUAAUUAUUAUUAAACUAACGGAUAGCGAUGAAUUAUGUUUUUUUCAUUAUGUUUUUUUAA